CUCCUCGCCCCAGAACAAUUUCCCAAAGGCACCGACGAGGACAGGCGACGCUGUGUGAGAAGGCCCCCCUCUGUUUGCGUGACGUCACUGCGAGUCGACGGAGGCAUCCGAAAAAGCGGAAGAGCUGAAUCCCAGAUCCCAAGGAGAUGCCGAAAGUGAAGAGAAGCAGAAAACCUCCUCCAGAUGGUUGGGAAUUAAUUGAGCCAACCUUAGAUGAACUGGAUCAAAAAAUGAGAGAAGCUGAAACCGAACCGCAUGAAGGGAAGAGGAAAGUGGAAUCUCUCUGGCCCAUCUUCAGAAUUCACCAUCAGAAAACACGCUACAUUUUCGAUCUCUUCUACAAGAGGAAGGCCAUCAGUAGAGAAUUGUAUGAGUAUUGCAUCAGAGAAGGAUAUGCAGACAAAAACUUAAUUGCCAAGUGGAAGAAACAAGGUUAUGAAAAUCUCUGCUGCUUACGCUGCAUCCAAACUAGAGAUACCAACUUUGGGACCAACUGCAUUUGCAGAGUACCCAAAGGCAAGCUGGAAGUGGGGCGGAUAAUUGAGUGCACUCACUGCGGCUGCAGGGGCUGCUCUGGAUGAGGCCGUUGUGGAAGGAGUCCCGCCUUUCAAAUGCCUCCACACCAGGAACUGUGCGAAAGCGUGAUGACCCUUCCUUUUGUAACCAUUUUGCUCUGAAUUGAUCUCCUCAGCACUUUGUGCUGCAACAAUCUGAAUUGUAAAUGCAAGUAGUGUGUAUUGAUGUCCCGUGAAUGCAUUUUAUUUUAAAAUAAAGUCGUGUCCACUUAUCCAA